AUGGAUGUUCCCGACGACGACGAGGUCUUGAGAAGCCUUGCCGACGGCAAGACAACGACAACGACAACAACGACGACGACGACGACGACGACGAUGACGACGACGACGCCGACGAACGAGAGCGAUACUUCCAGCUCAACCCUCCCUCCACUCCUCCAAUCCCUUCACGACUCCAUAUUCAGCACUCUCAAAAUUCUCUUCUCUACCAACCCACCGCACACCAUCCAGCGCCUCGCCGAGCUUAUCCUCGAUCCACAACAACACUACCGCUCCCUAGCCGCCUACCUCCACGCCCUCGACCGCGUCGUGCACGUCACAUCCGGCGCCCACAUCUUCCCCCUCCCACCCGCCAUCCCAGACCCGUCGUCCCUCUCCGUCCUAGCGAACGGCGCCGGCAUCAGCAAUGUGACAGCCGAGCGCGUGUCCUGGGGAAAUCCCGCCCCGCCCGGCGCGAGCAGCGCGGCGGCUGUAGGACUGGGCAGCGAUGAGAGUCUCGGCGGCGCGCUGCUGACGCCCAUCUCGUGGCUCUCCGCACCGAGGAGUAGUGGCCGGAGCAGGAGUCCACUGGACGGGGAGGUCAGGACGGAGAGCACGGAGAUGAUUGAGGGUCCCAACGGGCCUGGGGGUAUCGAGACGGUCUCGGUGUCUGUCAACGGGGUUUCAUCGACUACGACAGUUGGGUCUGCUGGGGUGGGCUCGAGCGCGGACAGCGACAUGGCGGGCCUGAGAGCCGAGGGGGGCAUUACGCAGGGAGAACUGCUGAGACAGGAGCAGAAGGCUGGAGUGGUGCCCGCCGCGCAGCUGGGCGUGAGUAAGGCAGGGAGUGAUGGGCUGGGAGAGGAGGAAGAGGUACCGCAUGCUAGAGGGCCUGAGGAGAUUGGCAUGGAGGAUAUGGGGCCUCAGGCUGGGGUUAGCAGUACCGAGAGGGCUGUUGGGGCCGACAUGAGGGGGAUUGAUGUUGAAGCUGCUGUGGGACGGAAGAUCGAGAUGGAGAACGAGGAUGAGGAAGCCAACAGGGAGGAUGAGGUCAAGGACGGGGAGAUGAGCGAGACGCCAGGCACGCCGAAACGAGAAGCGGAUGUUGUCAUGGAGAGUGAUGAGAAGAAGAGGGUCAAGUCCAAUGAGUCUGGCGAAGCCAGCAAGGCCGAAGAGGCGGGCGUGGACGCGGAUACGGGUACGGCAAUCGUAGAUGCAGAUGGCAAGACAGCCGCGGAGUCGGAGAUGGCAGAUGAUGGCGAGACGAAGGGCGGCGAUGCCGUAGAUACCCAUACGGAGGUAUGA